GUAAGGAAGCGAAGCUGCGUAGUGAAGGAGAAGCAAAGUUUAUAUCAUUGUUUUAGAUUAUUAUGUCUAAAUCUUCCAUGUCCUACAAGCCCACAAGUUUUAUGGUGUAUUGCACCGUAUAUAAUCAGUCCCUCACUCUAUGUGCUUCUUCUUAAUGACGCGGACAAUUUGGCGCCUCUUCUUCUUAUCCAUAAUCUGGAAAGGAAGAAGACGACAAUGGCUAUGGAGAUUGCACAGUUUUUCGUCGGAUCAUCCAUGAGAUUAAGCAGCGUGGGAAAUUCUAGGAACGGCGUUUCCCGUAGUAGAUUAUUUUCUAUAACGGCCGUUCAUCAUCGUCCCAGAAGGAUGUUUAUGCAGCUCGCUGGGUUGGGUUCGGUGUUGACUCUUGUGAAUCUUCCUGGUUUAGCUGCGCCAGUUCCUGAGAUGAAGGAACCUGAAGUUGUCAGGACGUUGAAGCUCCCAAGUGGCGUCAGGAUUCAAGAGAUUAUUGAAGGGGAAGGACGAGAAGCUCAUGAAGGGGACCUGGUCGAACUAAACUAUGUAUGUCGACGUGCAAAUGGAUACUUCGUUCAUAGCACGGUGGACCAAUUCAGUGGGGAAGCCGCUCCUGUGAAACUUUUUCUUGACGGCAAUGACGUUAUCGAGGGCUUGAAGGAAGUAUUGGUGGGCAUGAAAGCCGGAGGGAAGCGUAGAGCACUGAUACCUCCAUCAGUAGGGUACAUAAACGAGACACUGAAGCCAAUCCCUGAGGAGUUUGGACCAAGACGCAGCCUUCUAUCGCACGCGAAUGAGCCUCUGGUCUUUGAAGUCCAGCUCUUGAAAAUAAUAUGAUCUUCUUGGACUGGGACAAUGGCAAUGAAGGAUUUGGCUGUGUUUGUGUUAUUUUCUAUUCGUAAAAAUCUGUAACACAAAUUAAAUGGAACUAUUAAGCUGUCUUUUUUUCUGCUAA